AUGUGGUUGACCACGCCUUCCAUAGAGAGCAUCACGCGGCCCCGGCUGGCCGUCGCCGUCGUCUCUGCUUUCUGCGCCGUAUCGGUCGCAUACUACGCCUACCUGAGCAGUUCCUCGAACCAGCCCGACACCGUCGUAGGUGUGAGGCUGCAUCGUAGUAAUGCCAUCCGUCGCACCCGACCCUCACGACGACGCGAAUCCCACUCGAGCUCAUCCUCGGAGCCGGCCGGCGACGAGAAUGCGGAUGCGGACGGUACAGCCCACCCCAUCGGCAACGCAUCCUCUGAUGCCAGCGACGAGUGGUGGAACGACAUGAGCAACGUGCCCACGCAGCGGAGAGGCCACAACAUUGUCAACCUGCUCUUCCGCGUCUCCGAAGACAACGCCCGGAGGAACGGGUGCGUACAUAGAGGAUGCCAGUGCAACGCCUGCGGGAUGGUGCCCAUCCGCGGUAUCCGCUACCGCUGCGCCAACUGCGCCGAUUUCGACCUCUGCGAGGCCUGCGAGUCUCAGGGCUUCCACACCAAGACGCACAUACUCUACAAGAUCAGGGUGCCUGCACCUCCCUUUGGCCCCAGGCAGAUGCAGCCUGUCUGGUACACCGGCGACCCUGACUCGUGCCUGCGGGUCCUGCCAAAGGCCCUCAUCACCAAGCUGUCAGCCGAGACGGGCUUCGAGAGGCCCGAGCUCGAGGCCUUUUGGGAGCAGUGGACCUUUAUGGCCAAUACGGAGUGGAAAGACGACCCGGACGAGCUGUGCUUGGCAAUGGACCGCAAGAUAUUCGAGCGCUGCCUCGUGCCGACCGGAGGGUCCCGGCAUGCCGCCCCCAACCUGAUACACGACCGCAUGUGGUCCUUCUACGACACCAACAAUGACGGCUUCGUCGGCUUCUCCGAGUUCCUGCACGGGCUGUCCUACCGAAAACGCCGUGACAAGCUGCAGAAGAUCUUUGAGGGCUACGAUAUCGACGAGGACGGCUACGUCAGCCGCAAGGACUUCCUCCGCAUGUUCAGGGCCUAUUACGUACUGUAUAAGCAGAUGCACAAGGACAUCCUAGACGGGCUGGAGGACCAGCUCCUCACGAACACGGAGGCCCAGCAGCUGAUCGAUAGCCGCCAGCCGCUCAGCAGCCUCUUCGGUCGUGAGGGACGCGUCCCCCACGCCCACAGGGGAGGUCUGACCCUGGACGGCAAGACGCUCCACAGAGACGGGAGCGUCGACGUCGCCGAGGGGACCGGUGCCGUUGCCGAGAACGGGGGGGACACGGCCUCUCGAAACGACAUCCUGACGAGCCUCUUCGCCUAUGACCCGGCAGACAGGUCCCGGUGGAGGUACUUUGCCCGCGCCGCUAAUGUGCAGGGCGUGGACGGCACCGACGUGAUCAUCUCGGAUACGCAGAGGCCGUAUCUGAUGACGCUGAUCGAACCACCGACCACGCUCGAUGAGCUGGCCGGUGCCUCCGCGGAGAACCGCACGCUGGAUAUCGAGGAGGAGGAUGAUGAUGACGGCUCCGGCGGUGAGACCGAGGACGGAGAAGACGGCCGUGACAACCUUCCUGGGCCUCGUGAAGCCCCCUAUCCGACGGAGACGGAGGAGAGGAUCAGGGCACUGGCGCAGAGCCGACACAGCAUCCCCCGUCUGGAGAAGCGCCGGCGCGAUAUGGCCCGUGCUCAGCUACAUGAGCGCUGGAAGAGACGCCAGUUCUACCUCGACGAGGAGGAGGGCGGCAGCGCACCGGAUGAUUGGCAAGAUAACGAGGACAUCUUCCUCGAUGCGCAGCAAGACGAUGGUGGCCACGACGACGAUGACGACGACGACGACGACGACGAUGACGGCGACGACGACGAAGACGGCGACGACGAAGACGGCAAAGCUGAGACGUCCAAGAUGCCGGGUCUGCCCUCCAUGCUGUCGCGAUCGCGGUCCAGCUCCAAGGUGCGAUUCGCCGACAACACGGACGAUCCUGAGACGCGAUCCAACCAGUCUACGUCGACGAGGAGCAUCCCGGAGCGGUGGGGCGGCGUGGAGAUUUCCGAUUCGGAGAGGGAUGCCGGCAAGGAGAUCCUCUACCAGGUCACGCAGCAAGCAUUCAACGAGCUCCUCGACACCAUCUUCAAGCCGGCCGAGGACCUUGCCAUACAGGCCAGGGAGACGAAGCAUCUGCGGGAAAAGUUCAGCGAUCGGAUCGAGGCUUACGUUGCUCCUUCGCCCGCCUCAGACAAGCCGCGGGGUGGCGAUGGGGACGGCGGAGACGACCAACCAGACGGCAUCCGACAGCCGGCUGGAAAUGACGGCGCCGGCGACGACGAUGGCAUCGACAAGCCAGCGUCGGAGAAGAGUCUGCAGCAGCUCCUGGCAGAAACAGGGUACACCGUCGCCACGAAUGGGGAUGCCGAUAACGCCCCGCCUAGGAACGCCGUCGACCUGAGCAGCGAGGAGCACCCGGACGUCAUCGUCGACGGGGAGGCGGCCGCCGAGCAGCAGCCGUCGUCGCCAUCCCACGACCCGACAAUGCCGCAGUUCCGUCCGAACAGUCUGCCCCAAGAUGGGCUGUACACGGGAGGCCACCACUACUAUCCCGAUACGGCUGCAGCGGGCGGAGAAGAGGAGGAUACGUCGACGACGAUGCCGGAGCGUCAGGAUCCGGAGCCGUCGGACGAGACGCUCAAGUGGUGGAAGCAGCUCAACAGGGUCGAGGAGCGGGCGAUCGAGCGGGGCGGCUGGGGCAAGCUGAACUUUGAGGAGUUUCGUGACAUCUACAGGAGCCAAGAGAACCGGGGCAACCGUCUCGAUUAUCUGGGGAGCUGGAUAGAUUUCUGCAUUCCUUGA